GGAGGUGCGGGGCCAGGGAGCCCAUCUGCUCCCGGGGCGGAGCGGAGGCUGCGCGCCCCGGCGGGCGGAGAGAGCGCACCGAGCAUCCCCGCACAUAGCGUUCCCUCACCGGAGAGAGCUCUCAGAGCGUCCCCGCACCGAGCGUUCCCUCACCGGAGAGAGCUCUCAGAGCGUCCCCGCACCGAGCGUUCCCUCACCGGAGAGAGCUCACAGAGCGUCCCCGCACCGAGCAUCCCCCUCACCGGAGAGUGCGCACCGCAUCCCCGCACGGAGCAUCCUCUCACCGGAGCUCGGCCCCGUCCUGCCCCGUCGCCGCGAUGAGGAGGCGCCCCUGGGGAGCCGCGCCGAGCGCCGCGGGGCUCCGGCACGGCCACGGGCGAGGUCUCUUCUAUGGACAUUGAACUCCCAGCUACCUAUGUCUAUUGCCUGUGAUGGAAGAACUUGAUGUUAAUGUGAGUUCGAGUGAGGGCUUCGGUGUAGCGGAAAGAAUCGUGCUGCUCACCUUCAUCUCUGCCGUUAUACUGAUGGCCAUCCUGGGGAACCUGCUGGUGAUGGUGGCUGUGUGCCGGGACAGGCAGCUCAGGAAAAUCAAGACCAAUUAUUUCAUUGUUUCCCUUGCCUUUGCUGACCUGCUAGUGUCAGUGCUGGUGAUGCCGUUUGGAGCCAUUGAGUUGGUUCAGGACAACUGGAUCUAUGGAGAGAUGUUCUGCCUGGUCCGAACUUCCCUUGACGUCCUGCUCACCACAGCGUCAAUCCUGCACCUGUGCUGUAUCUCGCUGGACAGGUACUAUGCUAUCUGUUGCCAGCCUCUGGUUUACAGGAACAAGAUGACUCCAUUGCGCAUUGCUGUAAUGCUUGGAGGGUGCUGGGUAAUCCCAACGUUUAUAUCUUUCCUCCCUAUCAUGCAAGGCUGGAAUAGCAUUGGCAUCAUUGAUCUGAUUCAGCAAAGGCAGUUCAACAAGGCUUCCAACUCCACCUACUGCAUAUUCAUGGUCAACAAGCCAUAUGCCAUUACCUGCUCCGUGGUGGCCUUCUACAUUCCCUUCCUCCUGAUGGUGCUGGCCUAUUACCGCAUCUACGUGACAGCCAGGGAGCAUGCCCGCCAGAUCCGGGUGCUGCAGCGUGCGGGAGCCCCCACCGACGGCCGGCAGCACCACCCGGACCAGCACAGCACGCACCGCAUGAAGACUGAGACCAAAGCUGCCAAGACCCUGUGCAUCAUCAUGGGGUGCUUCUGCCUGUGCUGGGCUCCCUUCUUUGUCACUAACAUAGUAGACCCUUUUAUAAACUACACGGUGCCGGGGAAGCUGUGGACGGCUUUCCUGUGGCUGGGUUACAUCAAUUCAGGGUUGAACCCUUUCCUCUACGCCUUCCUGAACAAGUCUUUCAGACGUGCCUUCCUCAUUAUCCUGUGCUGUGGUGAUGAGCGAUACCGAAGGCCUUCCAUCCUGGGGCAGACGGUCCCCUGUUCCACCACCACAAUAAAUGGAUCAACUCAUGUGCUAAGGUUAAAGUCUAGGGAAAGAGCAUGGGUGGACCUCCCCUGCUCGGCUCCCAGGGAUGAUGGAGCUCUGCUGGCAUCAGGUUGGGCUGUUCGGGCAGUGUGUGUGUGCAUCGCCCCUUCCCUGGUCCUCGCUGACUGUACACCAGUCCCACCUGUGAGCCAAACCGUGAGAAACCCACCGCCAAAGCGAACUGCCUGUCUGGGUGCAAACCAGCUCCCAUGGGGACUCCAGCCCUCAGGUACACUGUUUUACGUAAUGGGCAUCAUCAGGAACAUGAGAAGCUUCCCAUCCACAAUGACCCUGAAUCCCAAGAGUCCUGUUUCUAGUCAUGGAUCUAGAAGACGAAUGGCCCAGCUGAAGGAAGAGAUUCCUUAUAGGAAUUCCUCAAAGGAUUCCUGGACAGCGGGACUUUGUGAAAACUCAUUCAUCUGCAUUUUUAUGGUGUCUCCUGCACUUACUUCAUAUGAAUGUCCAGCUACACACACGUAGAUCCGUGGGGACAUAGGAAGGUACACAAGCUGAAUGGCUGAGGAGACUUUCCUGUACCUGCGAGGACAGCUGGACCGUACGACUCUGUCAGAGCCUUCUCCAGGAGUGAGCAGAUUUCUGUCAAUGUUAGGAAACGACGCAGAUACAAACCACCCAGUGCAGGAACUUCCAUUAUUCCUUUCCAGUUGCCAUCCACCAAGCCACUGCUCUGUCCUGUGAGACCACAGUCUUAAAGAUUACAAGUUCUGGCUAACGCUGUAAGAUGAUGUGAGACUAAAUGCCUGCUUUACCUGUGCGAGAUCCUGCCCACCGGUGACCAGAUGGUGUCAGGAGAGAAACAGCACUGCAUUUUCUUUAGCCAAAUAAGAAAAAGUAUUUGCCUUUUCCUUAUAGUUACUGGUGAAAGGUCAGCAUGAGCUGCUGGUUCACCUUCACCCGGCAGAGCUUUCUUUGUAAAUGCUUUUAUUCUGUUUCCUGGCCAAGUUCAUUUGGUGGAAGACUCACAGGUGUACAUAGUGCCUGACAAGCUGGAGAGAGAUCUACACAGGCGUUUCACCGCUAACAGCAGGCCCUGCGAGCGCUGCUUCAAUCCAGCCUAGUUGCUAAAAGACGGUGGCCAUCCUCUGCCAUUCAGAAGCCAAUGGACAAAAUAUGGCCCUCAAACCCCAGGCAGGCUGCCAGUGCUGUCCUGAUCUGAGCAAUCUUCGGGCAUUCUUACCAAGAAGAAAGGUUGGUCAAGAGACAAAGUCAGUCUGUAAUAGAUCACUAAGUGCCAUCUUGAACAAUAUACCAUCUAAAAAACUUUUAUAGCCACAUUCAGAGGACAGACUUCUACUUAGGUUUUCCAUCUUUAUUUUUCUAUUUGUGUCUGUUCUCUUUCAGUUGAAGUAAGAAGUUUCAAUACUUUCAAAUACCACCAUAUGCACAUGUCUGUUUGCAAAGAUCUCAGUCCUUAGCUGGUUCCUGCAUGUAGAUGUUGCUAUGUUCCUUGUGAGCUGCUUCCACACUUGCAUGGAAAGGGCAGGCAAGGCUGUAGACUUCACAACUCUGGGAAAAUGAUUUUCCUACAGUGGGGAAUAUGCAGGAUCAAGACUACAAGCCUCUACCCUUUUAGAUGAAGAUCUUAUCUAGACAUGCCACCCUGAGCCUAGAAAAUAAAAUUGUACUUUGUUAUAUUGUGUAAUCAUGUACAGAUAUUUUUAAUGUAAAAUGAAAAGGUGACAUUAUUUAUUAUUAUUUUUUAUCAGGAACGUGUGAGUUUUUCAUUGAAAGCUUCUAGACUCAGGAGCUUGACAUUAUAUGUAAUAUUAUUUAGUAAUGUUUCUGUUGCUAUGUGACAGGUAUUUACUGUAAACAAACAAACAAAUCCUGCUUUGAACAAACAAAAAUGUUACUCAGUAGGUAAAAAAAUUGUGCAUGAUAAAAAUUGGCUUCCUUGCCAUGGUGUCUGACUUCCUUAAAUACUUCUUCCAGAUGAAACAGUCACUGAUAAAGCCUCACAUCAUUUUUUCUUUAGGAUUCAAAAGGACAUGGGGCAGAAACAGCCUUAAUUAGAAGCAGCCACUUACCGAUAUAGAAAAUCGCUAGCAGUUAGAAAGAGCCAAAUUAUUGGUGUUUGUAGUGACAGGUGCUGAUGGGAAGAACAUGAGCUCUUUGACAAGAGAAGGGUGAGACAGUUUGAGCUAAUUCCUCCUUCAUUGUUAAGAACAGUUUGGCAAUGACAUGUUUUUACAGGGUUGUGUUUCCAAAAGAACUUGUUCUCAGUUCAUUUCUAUUGUUAGCACCAAAACAGAGCAGUGGGUGAGAAAAACCAGGCUGUUCUUGAAAGUUUUGGAAAAAAGCCAUCCAGGGCCACUUCAGUCCCAAGAUCUACACCUCCGUGGAACUGCUCGCAUGGGGUUUUGUCUGAAUGUGUGUAUGCGAGACUGCAAAACAGGGUGUUUUGGUUUGACUUCAAGUACCAAAUUUCUUAGAGAAAUCCCAGAAAGGCUUUUCUCUGUCCCCAUUACAAGGCAUCAAAAUACUGGUGUGAAAUAUGCAUAUGAAUAUGUGAUAUGGAACUCGCAGCAUGAGGAUGCAAUAGGGAGGGUGUUCUUUGUUUCUGCUGUCUUGAAGUGUUGUUUUUCUCCUAUAUUUCUACGUGCUUUAGUAAUAUAUCUCUUCUAAAUUUAAAACGAACUUUUCAACACUGAGUUUUACCCAUGGACAAUGUUCAGAAGGCUCUAUCAGUAGCAUCAGUAACACACUAGCCAAAAUGGUCAACAGCUCUGACUGGGAAAAAAGGCUCCAAUUCCAAACACAGUAUUUGAAUGAAAUACCAGAUAUGAAAUGUCCAUGUUCCAUGUCAUGCCUGGCUUGCUCACUGGACUCAGUAAACCUGUCAUGAACCACGUGGCAACUCCUACUUAAUAAGUCAAUGAUCUCAGCAAUGCUUCUGUGAACCAAGCAAAUUACAUUGUCCAUCAAUAACGUUAUAAUUUGCAUUUAAAAGAAGCUGUUUCAUGGAAAGGAUGCAUACUUGAUUUCCUUUGCUAAAGGUAGCUGCUCCUGUGCCCGAGUUCACCUUCCCACGGACCAUUUUGGCUAGCAGUGUCAGUCUUUGCCUGCGUUGAAUAAUGUGUAAUGCAUUGGCUGUUUCUAAAAAUAAAAAAUCCUCUAUAUAUAUUGCAGUAAACUCCAGCUCAUGCUCAUUUCUUGUACUGUUUUCACUCAAAAUGUAAAAUGCUUCCAAGUAAUAAUUUACACCUGCCUUGCAGUAUACUCAAACAGCUGUAACAGCAAGGGAGAACCUGACCCUAUUGCUUUGCAAUAUAGAUUAGCUCUUGGGUUAUAAUGCAAGCUCCUAAUGUUUCUCUGCCAGAAGAAUCCUGCCUCCUGCACCAAGUUCUAAUGCACUGGCUUUCUUUUUCCCCACACUUUUGCUCAGGUUGUUUCUCAGCCCUCUCUCUCCCUUACCUGUGUCCACCUCACCUCUCACUAUCUACACCGAGAGAUGUCACUGCUACGGGCAUUACUCUCAAGACAAGCAAAUAGGGAGUCAAAUAUUUUGUGUGUCUGUUUGUUUGAGUUUCCCAGUGAAUUUGAUUGAAAAAGGAUGCUUCUUUCUUCCUUCCCUUCUAUUUCUUUCUCACCAUCUCUCUCAGAUUUACUUUAAUAAGCAUAUAUUUAUUUCUUUACAUAAAUAUACUAGUACUCAGCAGCAAAUUAUCAUACCACCAGAUUUACGGUCUGGGAACAUUUUACAUUUUUUGAACGCAGUAAGGCUCCGAAGCAUUAAGCAUUACGCCUGCUGUAGCUGUUCUCUUGGAUAACAACUGAUUACACUUCUCCUCGCCAGUGAUAAUGUGCUAGCAGAACAGCCAGCUAAUAAGAAAUUGGCUGUCUGGGCCUUUGCUAAACUGUAUUGAGGAGGCUGAUGUGUCAAGGCAGUUUUAUUUCCACAUUCCUGUAUUUUUCUAGGCUCCAGAAGCAUUUCUGAGAUCUUGCAUGACAUUUGUUAUCGAGGCAUGCGCCCAGACAAGCACAUCCAAAGAUGCAUUGAGAUUACCUGUGCUGCAAGAAGGAAGCAGAGAAACAGGCUGCUUCCAGAGGCAAAGGGAAGACCGAGUCUAAACCUAAAACUGUGGGCUCUGGAAAGCAUCAGGGUGCACAUCGUGAGGUGGAGCCAUCCUUUCUAUUGAGCAGUUUUCCAUGCCUCUCAUACUCGGUUUACUCAGAUAGAAAUGAAGUCAGUCAUGCUGCAAAGCAAAAUUCAGAUGUCAUGAGCACGUCACCAAAGGGAAGCUGUGUUCACAAAACAGAAGCUCCAAGGAAGACUGCAGAAGAAGCCAUAGACUUUAAUUAGCUGAUGAUCAAGGCCAUUUGGAGGGAUGUGAAGCAAUAACUGGAUGAUACGCACUCAGUAAAUGUCAGUGCUUGAGGCAGUCAGCAGCUGUGUUGCUUAGUGAGAUGUAUAGAGAUAUGGCUGCAGCCCAAGCGUACUAGCAGGUCAUGCUCAUAAACACCAUGCAGACAGAUGAAUCCUUAUGGGGAAAUGUCCCUUCCACAUUUAUCCUUCACAGUUCUUUCAACACUGAAUACAUUUUCAGGUUUUAGGCUUGAAAGAAAAGGAGCAUCUCAGCAAGACAAUAGAUAAAUACACUGAAUACGCUUUUCACAUGGUUCAGAAAUCUAAUAGAUGAUCUGCUGCUAUCGCAGGGUCCAGUGCCUGCUAAGCACAAUAAAAAAUGAAAAAAAAAAUUACCACAGUGGUGUGAAAAUGAAGGCAAUGACCUCUUUGCCUUACAGCACAGUCCUCUGCCUUUGUGCCUCCCCUCCAGUCGUGGCAUAUUAGCAGAGCUGAGAAGGGGCUCCCAGGGGAAAUGAGAGACUGGCAGGACUGGAGCUGAGAGGUAGCUGUAGGGAUACAUGGGAAGCCUUUACUUGCUUCUCAGCCACCUAAUGCCUGGCUCCAACCUACACUGUCCACAUUCAGCUUGUUGGAAGGCUAAUCUCCCUGAUCUCAAUAUGCUUCAAAGAGAGGCCGUACACAGCGUGCAGACGCAGAGGAAUUGAGCAGAAAGAACAAAUUCAGUACACUGAAAACCUCUUUCUAUAUGUUCUUUCCUCUGCAUAUUUCUAGUAACGAGCAGGUAGUGGGACACAUACAAUCACAGUUUGCUUCCAGAGAUACUGUCGCAUUAACAAGCUUAACUCAUUACUGGUAAUGGUUUACUUGCAAUCAUAGGAGUCCACUCCUUGUUUUAAGAUGUCUACUUGAAGGAGUCCCAGGUUCAAGGGUGACUGUGACGCUGGCCGACCUUGCAGAAUGACUGCAGUCAAAAUAGACUCACGUGAGCAAUGAAAACUAUCAUUAGAGUUGUUGUGAUUUUGAAUUCUUAGCCCCAGAGUGUCUCUCUUUCUUUUUGAAAACUUUGGUCCUUCAGUUAUUUCAGGUAUUUAUUUGCGUUAGUCUGACUUAGAGUGUUACAAAACUAAACAACUGGGUCCAAAUUGUGUCCAUUUAAUUCCUAGCAAAGAUUAAACACAUAUAACACCACCAGUAAAAUUUGGAGCAGGCAGCCCACGUAUGGCAGACGCUGAGUCAUUCUGAAAUGUUUUCUUCACCCAUCUUUGUAAAUGCUAAAGCCAAGGAGAGCAUUUUCAUUCUCUGUCAACUGUAAAUCCUUCAGCAGUUUAGGAUCCAAUCGUUUCCUCUACAUUAGAUUUUCUAGGCCAUCUCCGAGUACUAUCUUGCCAAAAGGCAAUAAAUCUGUUGGUUUUUUCUACUAACAAGACCUCAAUACAAAUAUACAAAAGCUCUUAGUUCUUUCAAUUUUUGUGUAGCUUAAAUCUUUCUGAUUCUAAAACAAUCACAUAUCCACUCAGCAUCUUAUAAAGACUUACCUUGUCACAGGAACUUUCUCACCUAAUUAAGAGCAGAUAUAAUUUAACUAGAAGCUAUCCAAUAUCUGAGUUCCAUUACGUCCUGUUAAACUGAACUUAAAUUCCUGAUGCUAUUAGGAAAUCCAGUAGGUUUGCUGUCAAACAUAUGCUUCUUUCUUAGAAGAUUUCAAAGGUUUGGCAGAAAAGCUUAACAUUAUUUUAGCAUACAUUAUUUUAGCAUACAUUAUUUUAGCAUACAUUAUCUUAGCAUACAUUAUUUGACAAUUUAGGGAAUUCUGUCACUUUUUAAAAAUUAUUUUCAUUGAUCUUCUGAAAUUCUUGAAAUCAAUAGUUAAAAAGAACCCAGAGAAACUCUAAAUAUCAUUCCCAGACCACAACAGAAUGGGAAUGCAAUGAUAGUUGAUGCUUACCCAACAGAAGUAGUGCUGAGGUCUAUACCCUUUAAGAGACACUGCAAAGGGGGCUUCACAGUCCUCUGGGACAAGAGGAAAAUUUAUUUCCUUACUGAGUAAGUAGCCCAUGACUUCCUUGAAGAUUUCUUCCAAGUCAAGAUUUAGGAAGCCCAAAUGAAGACCCCCAGUUGCCAUGGGGUAUGUUUCAGUCAGGCAAUGAGCCAGAAAGAUCAGAACUAAAUCCUUUUACAGCAGCCUCAGUAAAGAAUCUGUUUUCAUUUUCCUCACAGCUGAAUCCCACCAACCAAACAGGGCUCUUGACAUAAUGAGCAUCCAAAAGGGCUGUCACACCAUAUCAGUGGUCAUCUCUCUAUCAGUAAUCUCUAAAUCCAACCCUAUUCAAGAGCAUUCCUCUAUCUGUAAACCCAGAAAACAUAAAGGACAGUCUAGAGCAUUACUGCAAUAACUACUGCCAGUGACUGAACAACAGCUAUUAAUUCAGGGGUUACUUUAAGGACCACAUAGAUUAACACAGAUAUGUUUACUCCAUGCCAGUUUCCAUGACUGUGUCCUAUUAUUAUACUCCAUCAUUACUCUCUUUGAAAGAGUCAAUUCACUUGCUAUCACCUUUACAGCCCUCAGUGGCAGUCCCAAGAUCAUUACUGGUAAUCAUCUUCACACAGAAAUUCAAGCUGUGAACAUCUGUGCUCCUUUUGCAUAAGCUUCGAGCAGCCAGGAGAGGAGCUAUCUACCCCUGAGAGUCUACACCGAGUUCUGCGUCACCAGUGCUGGCUCCCUGUGGACAAUCUCACCUGAGUGCACAACUCAUUUCCGAUUUCAAACUGCCAGAUUUUCCCCCUUUGCUCAACCCAGCAUGUUUAAACCGAUAAUCUCCACUUGCUUGCUUGUUAAAGUCCAACUUCAACAUAAAAAUCUGUGAUUUUUUGUCUCUCUUCACUCCUGGAGGAGGAAGAGAUUGAGAGAGAAGGAGAUUAAACUACAAUGGGAAAUAUUCCUAAGCAGAAAUCCACCUCAGUUAUGGAGCUGGCCAGUGUAGACCACAGAGAAACACGACCUUAUGUUUUGAAAACUGAGUGAAAACGUUGCUGCUCAUUUUUAAGGCAGAAGUGUGGCCCUCUGCUAAUAAACCCUAAAAGAUGAUCCCUGUUCUCUCUCCGCCAACAUACAGGAGCUGCCAAAGUAAGACUGUUGUUAUGAUCUCUCAGUCUCUUCCCUGCAGAUCUCCAGUUCAGCUACAGAUUUGGUAGCUUGUCCAAAGAGCAUAACUAUAUGCAGCAGAUAAACACUGCCACCUCCCUCUUCUAUACCAGAGCUCCAAGGCACAGUUUUUCCUAUGUCCUUUACAACUCUAUUUGUAAGGACUCACAUCUGAACUGUGGACCAUCAUGGAAGACAUUUGCUGAAGGAGAAACCUGGCCCAUCCUCUGGUUUUGAUUAAUCUUGUCCUGUGGAAGCAAGGACAUUUUAACAGCCCAUCCUGUCACAAUCCUAAAUAUUUUCUUGCAAAUGACUGUUCUGAAGUGUUCCGCAAGCACCUUCCUCAUCAAAAAUCUUCCCAUGUCUAAGGCAGCUCUUCUUCUGAAUGGCCCUUCCUUGAAAGCUGGGGCUUGUUGUGGGUCUUCAUAAACAAAGCAUUUCAAAACAAUGAGUCACUGCACUGAAAGAUCCCAGACAAUUUUUUUCUUCUGGGAUGAAACUAGGUUUUGAGGUGAUACCUCCAGAAAAGUUAAGCACUUCUUGUAUUGCUUUGACAUGUUUAAUCUUCCUGCCUCCCUUUUCUUUGGAAGUAUGUGAUAUGGCUGGUCUGGCUGAAACCAGGUCAGCAUCCACAGCUCAGGUGGGAAAGCUCCCAACACUGAAAUGUCUCCUUACCCCAUCACAAAAAACAUACAUCCAUGCAUUUACAUGUAUCUCAUACUAAUUGGCAUAUUUCUAGCUUAGAGAACUCCUCUGGAGACAUCACAGGAAGAAGUUGUUCUUCCUGCAACUUCUCCAUCAGCUCGUUGUAGUUUUUCCUCAAAAAAAACUCAAAACACCCAACCUUCAAAAAUGUUUUCUUUUUAAAGCCCCAACACCGAUUCUGUCUUUCUCCUAAAUCAGAGAAAAAAGCAAGAGCUGGCAUUAUUCCCACCUCUGAGACAGGAUGUUUUGGGCUCCCCUCUCUACAGUGCCCACAUCCCAAGCAUCUAUUUACCUUAUGUACUCUCUGCUGAGAUAACAUUUCUCAGGCACUGAAGCAACUCAUAGCUAUGACCAUCACAACCUCUUUCAGAAGGAGCUGUUAUCCCUACUUGCUGUGGGAGAAAGAGGCACAAAGGACUUCAGGCACUUGCCUGCAGUGGCACAAGUCAUCUUAGACUCACUUAUCAGUUAGUGGAGACUUAGUCACCACCUGCCUUUUGACAGCUGAAUUAGGCCUUAGAAGCACUUAUUUCUCUUCAUUGAAUGUAACAGGAGACCCCUCUGACCAGAGCAUUUGCACUAUAGGCAUAGAAAUCCAACAAAGAAAGUGAAUUGUUGAGCAAGGACUGCUAAGUCUGAGCCAGCCUGGGAAAGAUAAUUCUUCCUGUUAAGACACAUGCACACAAAGCACAUGAAGGAAGCAGGGGACAGAAAUUAUGCAAUCAUAUCUGAGUUUCCUUUGUAAUUUUCCUUACUUAUCAGAUUUAAUGUUUGCAGAGCUGUCUUUGAACUCCAGCAAACAGCUUGCUUUGAUAUCCAGAUGCAAAUCUCACCAUUUGUGAGGUGGACUGUAAAUGGAUUUCAUAGUUCAUUCUAAAGCAGCCACACAUACGCACAGUAAAGCUAAAAGCCCCAGCUGGAGUUUUCUCCCUUGUAGCAAGAUGAACAGAACAGGAUCACUCAGGCCUCUUAUUUGGAGUGACAGCAGCCUGCUCUUCCUGCCAGAGACCAAAAGAGAGGUGUCAGACCAGACUUCAGAGUGAAGAGGGAAGCCUGUCAAAUACAGACAGAAGUCUUCAGGAUGAAGCCCAGAUGCAAGUUUAACAACUAAGCAGAUCACUGGACACCCCUUUUUGCCCUCAGGGGCUUGACAUGGCAAUUGAAUAACAGACUGCCCAAAAAAGGAAACAGAAUUAAGAGAUGAGGGAAAGCUAAGACACAAAAGAUCACCUCUUUACAACCUGGAAGCCGCAAACCAGAACUUUUCAAGCCUAGUGUCUAUAUAUCCGCUUCUGUAAAUGUGACAGUUUUCCAAAUGGCAUUCAGAAAUUUCUGGAGACAUACAUAGGUCUUAAGAAAAUGAAGCAGACAUAAAGUAUCACCUUUUCUAGAUACUGCAUCAAAUUCUCAUAAAAGAGAUUGUUAAAAUAUGGCACGUAGGAAAUUUGGCAUGGUAUAAUACAUAAUACUUUUAAAAUGACAGAAUCAUAGAAUGGUUUUGGUCAGAAGGGACCUUAGAGAUAACGCAGUUCCACGCCCCUGCCAUGGGCAAGGACAUGUCCCACUGGAUCAGAUUGCUCAGAGCCUCAUCCAACCUUGUCUUAAACACCUCCAGGGAUGGGGCAUCCACGACCUCUCUGGGCAGCCUGGGCCAGUGCCUCCCCAUCCUCACAGUAAAACUUCUGUAGGUGUCUAACUAUUCUCUAUUGCACCCUCUAUGACCGCCGGGACUCAGGUUGCUUAAGCACAAAAAAAAAAAGAAAGGAAAUGAUUGAUUUCUCCUUAGUUUACCCAGAGCUCUGACGGAAGACUAUUUAUUUAUAUCAGCUGCUGUUUGCUGAUCUGAGCUCAAGAAGAGGUUAUGAACCCAUGUCAUGAAGGACUUGCAUCUCACACAAGGAAGUGAAAAGUGUUUGCGAACAGAAGAAAAACGUGAAUUUCCAUUUAAAGUAAAAACAACAAUUCUUGACUGUAAACUACUUCAUUCUAAACCUCAGUUUCUGCAAGUGGUCAAAAAAUACACCAGAAUUUCAUAAACCUGAAGUAUGGUGAGACUUUGAAAGAGAUAUUAUACAGAGUGAGCUCCUGAAGAACUCACCUCCUGGGAAACUAUAUUUAAGCUGGGGCCUGGUUAUGCAGACCCCUGCUGCAUCAUAAAGAAGCAUGACAGUAAUCUGACCAUUUCAGUUGGUCAGAUUGUACAUUCAGUUGAUCAGAUGUACAAACAACCUUAAAAACCCAAAUAGGAGUGCUGCUCCGGUUCCAACUCCUGCACAGGAGAGGCAACCCUCAUGGGAAAAGAUUUAGUGUAAUGUAAAAUCUCCAACUGCUUAGCACAGGAAUGAAGGGUAUAGGAACCAAGUUCAUGCUCGUUACCAAAUUUCCAUUCUCUUGCUCCUGACAAUAGUUGUUUGAUCGAGUUGACCCUCUCUGACUAACAAAAUAAAACCAAACUGCAAAAGAAAGCACCGAUGACUACUGCACACUCUACCAGCAAUAGCGGGUUGAUGUCAGAACAAUCAUCACUGUGAACACACAUCCCCUAGCGCAGUGACUCAAAGAUCCACAAAAGAAGAAAUCAGAAACCCAAAAGACAACUCCAACUUUUUGUUCUUCACAGUGGAAAGCAAAUCAAGACACUUUCAGCCCUUAAAACUGGGAGAGCUUUUCAGACAGAGCUGAUUGGAAUACACAGCAUCUGUGCCCACCAUCAGCAGACACCACUGAAGCCAGAGACUGGCUAGCAAAUUGUUGUUUAUACACAGCUACUGCUGACGUGAACUAUAUCCAUUCCCACACUAGUAACAAAUAUUUCUUUAUUUAGCUAAUGAUGGUUGAGCAGGUAAAUAAUUAUUUUCUUCUGCUUUGCUCCUUUCCUCAAUUUCUGACAUUGAACUUAGUGAAGAAAGCAGGUUCCCUGGCCAGAUCCCAGACACAAUCUCAAUACAAUCUCAGUCACCUGGAGCUCUCACAGAUGAAUACAAUGAACUUAGUCACUAUGUUACCACUAUAUGUUAAAUGGGUGUAAUGUUUAAGAGGUUAAAAGUACUGCAAGGUUCAAUUGCUUUCAGAAAAAAAUAUUGAAUAUAAAUAAGUACAUUAUUUGUAUCAAUACUUCUUCAAAAGGCUGGUUAGGGAUACCAGAUGGAGAUCUGGUGCAAUACUCCAGAAAUGCAGUAACAUUUUCAUGUAUGUGCUGUAUUAAAAUGGUAAACAUGACUGAAUCGAUGACUCAGAUUACUUGCAACACUCCCAGGAAGGGUCACAAUUACAUUUUAUCUGAACAACACUGAAUAUAU